UUCCGUCCGUGCGGAAACGUGGAUCAAAUGUUUUGCUCGUGUUUAGUCCGAUAUUUGAUUGAAGUCUAUGGGGUUAAAGAAACUCGGUGUGCGCCGGUUUUGUGUGUUCGCCCUGGUCGUCGCUGCAGUUGUGACAUGGACCAUCUGCUUUAUUAAGUCUGAAGCGCCAUCAAGUGCCACAGCAGCUGUAGGAUCAAUGCCUGACCAGACUCUGGACUACUUCCUGAAGAAAGGCACUAUAAAGGUCCAUGAUGCUGCAGAUAUCCAGUGGUAUCAUGCAGCCAACAGCAAGGACAAGAUCACUGAAGCACUCCAAGAUAGCACACAGAUGAUUGAAGCCGAUGUACUUCUCCGGGGUCGCGACCCAAAGGAACCCAUAAUGGCACAUCCACCAGAUAAUGACAGUGACAUCACACUGCGAGACUGGCUGAAAAUGGUGGUGAACUCAGACAAAGGGAUCAAACUGGACUUUAAAAGUCUAGAAGCAGUUGAGGAGUCAAUGGCACUUCUGGACAAGGUUCGAGAUCAAUUGAAGGGGCCUGUGUGGAUCAACGCAGACAUCCUGCCUGGGCCUGGAGGCAUGGCCACACCUUUAGAUGCACAGGGCUUUUUACAAGCAGUGGCUAUGAAAGCAGAGGGAGACGUGCUUUCUUUGGGCUGGACCACUGGAUGGUCUCCAAAUACAGACAACCCAGGUUACAGCUGGGAGAUGGUUCAGCAGAUGGAGGCAGUGUGUAAGAACCUGACACAGCCUGUGACAUUCCCAGUGCGAGCAGCUCUUUUACCCCAGUCCUUCGUUCAAUUCCAGUGGCUCUUGCAGCAGUCAGACAGAUACACUCUGACCAUAUGGACAGGCCAGAGUGAUGUGCUGAAUGUGGAGCAUCUGUUACCCUACAGGCAAAGCGUCAGCAAGUCCAGAAUCUACUACGAUCUCUUAGAGAAUCAGAUUUCAAAGUUUAAAAGCUUACCUGGGUACACCAUGUCACAGUUAGAACAGAGCUAGGAGUUACUCUCUAUUAAAGUAAUGUGGUAAAAGUGUAUAUUUACUGUUUAUUAGCGGCUUUUUAAUUUUCAGUGUCACAGAAUUUAUUUUUUAGCUGCUCUUUUUCUCCUUUAUGAUGUUUAACAGUGAACAUAUAGCAAAUAUUUUGUCCAAUGGCUGAUUAAUAAUAAAUAUUCAA